AUGGCGGAAAGUGUAAGGAAGAAGAAGAAGAAUGAAUUUCGAGGAAAUAGUAUGAAUGUGGAGGCAUCUCAUGUAGAAGGUCAAAGAGGAGGUAGAACACAGCUGAUUCUCCCCAACUGGGAACAGAAAGGAAGAAGUUCUUACCGUCCAGGUCUUGCUUCAAGCAAUAUCUCUGGGAGAUUAAAUGCUAGAAGUUAUCCUUCAACUGAUGAAAACGAGUCAGUCUCUGCUACUGAUGAAGAUACUAUUGCUGAUUUGGUACAGCAACAUGAUCAAUUUGUUGGCUCAAUGAGGUCUCGAUUAGGCAAACUGCAGAUAGUCCUUAACUACUGGCAGAGGCAUGAUAUAAGAGGGGCUCUUGGUGCAAUCAGCAAAAUGGGUGACCAAAGUGUGCUUGCGGAUGUUUCAACGGCUUUUCACUCUAUGCCUACAAGGCAUCAAGAUAUUGCAUUGGAUAUGCUCAUAAAAUUGGUGAGAGUAUUUGGCUCUGUGAUUUACUCUUCACUGUCAGCACCUGCAUCUGGCUGGCUGGAGCGUUGCAAUCUCUGCUAUGUGGAACUUGAGAAAUUAAAAUGCUCCCUUCCAGCUCUUUCAACAAGAGGUGGUAAUAUCGCCAAAUCAGCACUGGAACUGAAUCUGGCGCUUCAGGAAGUUUGAGUGUCUAAUGUUCACACUAUAUCAGCACUAUACAGACGGGGCAGACGGAAUUGCUUCCAGGGGACUGCAGAUUCUGAAUUGAAAGAUGAUAGUGCUUGUAAAUUCGUGCUCAGAGGGAUUAUUGACCUGAUUCUUUAUCUUAACUUAAAGUUAGGUAAUGGACGACCUGGUGGCUGCCACUGAAAACAGCUAGUGGCUGAAGCUUCAUCAGUGGACGCAGAUCCAUUCUUACUGUUUUGUUGUCUUAACCCAAACGUCAACUUGGUAUUCUCGAGUGAAGAUGAAUUGGUUGUAGUUUAGAGAGAUUUGUGCAGACAUGGGUCCUAUCUAAGGUAGCAUAGCUCUUUGUACUGAUGAGCUGCGCUCCAGUUGAAGGGCAUAGAGCAAGUUUGCUUUGUAUGAUGUAAGAGUGUUUUGAUAUGCAAGUGUUUUUGACUAAGAAAUAUAUGCUGUAUCCUAGAGCAAUAACCUUACCAAUCUCCUAAAUAUAUAUAGAGUGCUUU